UUCCUCCUUCCCCGCUCUGACCCGGCCCCUUCCUACCCCCCUCAUGGAGGAGCCGGAGAUGCAGCUCAAGGGAAAAAAAGUUACAGACAAAUUCACAGAAAGCGUGUAUGUCUUAGCCAAUGAGCCAUCGGUGGCACUGUACAGGUUACAGGAGCAUGUGAGGCGGUCACUCCCCGAACUGGCACAGCACAAGUCUGACAUGCAGAGUUGGGAGGAGCAGAGUCAAGGCGCCAUAUACACGGUGGAGUAUGCUUGCAGCGCUAUAAAGAACAUGACGGACAGUAGCGUGUAUUUCCGCAGCAUCGAAGGGCUGCUGAAGCAGGCCAUCAGCUUCAAGGACCAGAUGACUUCUUCACAGGGUCGCAGGUAGCUCUGGAAAAGACGGACCAAACUCUCUUAGCCGCCGUUCCUGUUUCUUUUAGGGAGCUUCAAGCUCUCUGUAAAGGAAUUCCCCCGGUAGAAGACCAUCCCGACUGAUGCUUCCUCAGUCCUAAAACCGUUAUAAUGCCUGGUGGCUUUUUCACCUCACAGUUCUCAUGCGGGAGAGCAUUUGCAAGAUGUUAGAAGAAAAAUAGCUAAAAUAACUUCAUGCCUACUUGGAAAAGUGGGGGAGGGCGGGGAGGGUCGUGUUUUGGGGGGUUUCCGUUCAUAUUAAUGGAUGAAUGCUUGAGCUGCAGAGCAGGUUUUAACCCUGAGUCUAACUAACCUGGGAUGUUGUCUUUGGAUGGAGAUAUUUAGAGAUCAGAGCCCCUCCGUAGGCAGGAGGAGCAGAAAAUGCCUAUUUGGUCCCAAGCACUUGUAUUCCACCCCUACGCCCUAUCUGGCACCUGACUGUAAAACAGGUUGGCAGAGCUGAAGACUACAAGCUCGUGUCGACGUUACCAUGGCAAACAUCUGUUUAAAGGGAACGAAUAAAAGUCCCACCAGUGGAA